GUCCUUUCUUUUCUGCAGUUGCGUUUAGACGGCAGGGGGCCACAGGUCGCCGCCAGCGAGCGCUUGCUGAAGCAGGCCAAGGUUGCCUAUGCUGCCGAGGGGGUCGUCGGCUCUGACGCCAAGGACCAGUUCAGCCAGAGGGUGUUUUGUGCAGCCGGCGCACAGAUCGACGCAAGCCCGCCUACUGUGUCUGCUGGGCAAGUGCUAGUGGGGCUUCCUGCUCACCGCCGGCUCGCCUUAGCCCACGCUUCGCUUACUGUGGCAGCUGACCGCUACAUUAGUGAGGAGCUGGCCUCGAUCCUCGCAGGCAGUUGGGUUACCGCUCUGCUCUACCGAAGGUGCCUCAUGGCAGCCAUUGGGCCUCUCUUUGGGCUGGGCAAACGUGUGUCCCAGCUUGGUGGCUCUUCCCUGCGGCCCUUGCCUCCUGCAGCUCGUCAAGACUUGGUUCUUCUUUCGGUGCUGGCCCCUGCCUUGGUGUCUAACGUGGCUGCUCCUGGUUUCGUGCUCAGUUGGUACACCAGACUAGCGGGCAGCCCGGCCCUUGAAAACGACAGUGACGAUGAGGAGUGUGAUGGCUCAGGCUGUGAACCCCCGCCGGCCUCUCCGAGCAGGUUUGCUGUGGGGCCAGUCAUCAACGCAAGGCCCUCGCCCUUCUUCCAGUUGUCGGACCCGCGCUGUCUGGAGUGGAUACUUUGCUUGUUGCAGACCCGUAAGGCUGCAAAGGUGUGUGGGGCCGCUUUGGCCAUCAUGGUUGUGGCAGGUGUUGUGCUGCAGCGAGGCUAUCAGGUGUUGUCUGCUCCUGGGCCUCCGGCCCCCCCUGCCUCUGGACUUGAAGGCCUCCUCCUGAACGAUGUGAUGGUGGCAAAUGCCUGGCAGACUGACUCCGCCUGGGCCUGGCGCGACAAGGCCCACAUUAAUGUGCUUGAGGCUCGGGCCUUCCUCCGAGCCCUGAGGCUCCGAGCCCUUUCCUGCGACGACCAACGGUUUGUCCAUGGGUUGGACUCCCACGUUGCCCUCGGGGCUUUCCUGAAAGGAAGGACUAGCAGCCGCAUGCUUCUGCCUGCCGUGAAGCGGGCUGCUGCACUGCAAGUGGCCUUUGGACUUUACCCCGGCCCGGUCUUCUGCCCUACUCGCCUCAACGUUUCGGAUGCCCCGACCAGGGAUCGCUCCCUCCCUGUGCCAGUGCCUCGCUCCCUCCUGCCCAUCUUCAAGCAGGAUCCCUAUGGCCUCUCUGCCUUGCAAGGCCUCUCCAAGUCCUCCUCGAAUUGGUUCCCCCUCGCGCUGCUUCUUGCACUUCCUCACGACGGCUCCGACGGCUCCUCCCUCCUUAAGGCCCUAACCCCAAGGUUUAGAGACGUGUUUUUGCCUGCCGCCCUGGAUGGCACCAGUGUGCUUGAACCUCCUAGGCCCCAGGGUUUUGACAGUACAAAGGGUUACCCAGGAGAAGGCCCGCCAGCCCCUUCGACUCCUGGUCCGUUUCUCCUGCCACGCGACGCAAAGGACAGGACUCGGGCCAGGGCACGUGAAGGGGCCCAGCUUGCUGAAGGGAGACCGGUCUUGGAGUGCACUUCAAAGAACCGGGCCUCCCUACUUGCUCUUUUUGGUGCAUGGUUGGUUGAGUGCGGCACCACCCUUGAAGAUCUCCUCGACAGCAAGAAGGCAGAUGCCGAAGUUGUCAACAUGUGGGUUGUUAGCUAUGGGAGGCAGCUCUUUGAGAGCGGCCGCCCUUACUGGCACUACGCUGAGACUAUCAAUGGGCUCGCCGCUCGCAAGCCCAUCCUUAAAAGGACCCUUCAGGCUGCAUGGGACCUGGCUUUUUCUUGGAUGGCCCUGGAGCCGACGACGCAUCAUGUGGCUAUGCCUGCUGUAAUCCUUUUAAGCAUGCUCACGGUUUGCUUACAUUGGGGUUGGCUUCGAGAAGCUGGUCUCUUUUCGUUGGCUUGGGGAGGAUUGCUGAGGAUUGGGGAGGCAACAGCCAUGUUGCGAAGGAAUUUGGUCCUUCCCCAAGAUGUGCUCUUUUCUCAAGGGCACAUUCUGGCAAGGAUCGAGGAGCCUAAAACGAGGAUGAGGAUGGCCCGCCACCAGGCGGCACGCGUGGAGCAGAUGGACCUGGUACAGCUGGUGGCCCUUUCCUUUGCAGACUUGGAGCCUCACGAGAAGCUUUGGCCCCUUAGUUCGCAAACCCUCCGGAGGCGUUUUGACUUGAUCCUCGAGCGCUUGGGGAUUAGCACUACGCGAGGGAAGCAUCGGCCCCUGGACCUGGGUUCUUUCAGGCCAGGGGGAGCAACUCACUUGCUCUCCCUGACUGAGAACAGCGAGCUGGUCAGGAGACGUGGAAGAUGGGCCUCCCAUCGUGUGAUGGAGAUAUAUAUCCAGGAGGUGACGGCUUGUACGUUUUUUCCUUCCCUGCCCUUGGUGACGCGGCAACGAGUACUUCUGCUGGCACAAGCUUUUACAGCAACCUUGGAACAGGCAGCACAGUGGAAAAGGUAA